AUGGAGUCGAGUAAUACAAUCCCGCUUACAAUGAAGGCCGCUCAAUGGCGCACUAUCAGAGGCGGCAUCGAGAGAAACCUGAAGUUUAGCGUCGAUGCCAAACUCCCGAAAGACUCCCACAGUCUCGCGAACGGUCACACGCUCGUCAAGGUGGCCUACGCAUCCGUCAACCAUCUAGAUUAUAAAGUUGCCGAGAUGCCAUUAGCAAGUAUGUUUUUUACCAAACCCGUUACACCGGGUCUUGAUUACUCUGGCACAAUUAUUUCCACGACACUUGAAGAGUUCGGGGCCGGGCAUCGUGUCUUUGGGAGAACCGAGCUGCCGACUGGUGGGACUAUGGCAGAGUAUGUUGUAGUUGGGGAGAAGGGCUUAGCUGCGGUGCCAGAUGGAGUGUCUUUGAGAGAUGCGGCAUGUGUUGGGAUUUGUGGAACGACGAAUGUGCAAUACCUCGCGUCCGUCAUCAAAACGGGAGACAAGGUCUUCAUUAAUGGUGGCAGCGGUGGUGUCGGUACAUUUGCGAUUCAAGUUGCAAAAGCUAUGGGGUGCUUGCACAUCACAACUACUUGUUCAGCCUCUAAUUCCGAAUUCUGUCACGCUCUUGGGGCUGACGAGACCAUCGAUUACAGGUCUGAAAAUGUAUUGGAAAUACUGAAGAACAGGGAGGAGCAGUUUGAUCUGGUCUAUGAUACAAUCUUCAGCAACCCCAGUCUCUACUGGCAAUCGCACAAUUACCUCAAGCCGCACGGAUCCUACAUCUGUGUUGGACUCCCAUCCAUCUUUCAGUUCAUCAAGACGUUUUUGAGUAUCAAAUUACUACCUCGAUGGUUGGGUGGUGGAAAGAGAACCUUCAAGUUUCAGUCAGUCGUUGCGAAUCGGCAGGACUUUGAACAGAUGGCUGAAUGGAUCAGGGAAGAAAAAGUAAAGGUCGUUGUCGAGGAGGGGUUUGUCCUGGAGGAUGCGGAUAGGGCCUAUGCGAGUUUGAAAGGGGGCAGGACCAGAGGAAAGAUAGUGGUUCGUAUUGGCGGAGAACCUGAUGGUGAACAGUGA